GUGCUGCGCCUGUUUUUAUUGCAGCCGGCGAAGCUCUCAGCUGUGAUUCUACGCUGCUGAUGACAGGCUGUGCGUCGCUUUUGCAGCCCUUCAAUUCCCCAUGCAUGCUUCACACAGCCCCACUGAAAACGAAGGAUUCCAAGGAUUUAAUGUUACUUUCGUAUUGGAUUAACUUUCCUGCCCUUUUUUUGCGCCUUUUGGGUCGAUUUCCCCUCGUCUUCUUCCGCCGACAGUUUAAAAUCUAAAAGCUUCACAAUAAGGAAAACAGACAACCAAAAUGCCGCUGAAUUCAAGUUUGACGAGUAAAAACUAUGACUACGACUACGACUCUCUUCAACCGUAUUUCUACUAUGACAACGAAGAGGAGGAUUUCUACCCUCAACAGCUUCAGCCUCCGGCACCGAGCGAGGACAUCUGGAAGAAAUUUGAACUGCUCCCGACCCCUCCACUUUCCCCUAGCCGCCGGCCGUCCCUGUCAAGCCUCUUCCCCUCGACGGCGGAUCAGCUGGAGAUGGUGACCGAGUUCUUGGGGGACGACGUGGUCAACCAGAGCAUCAUCUGCGACGCAGACUACUCCCAGAACUUCCUCAAGUCCAUCAUCAUCCAGGACUGCAUGUGGAGCGGCUUCUCCGCGGCGGCCAAGCUGGAAAAGGUGGUCUCCGAGCGGCUCGCCUCCCUGCACGCUGCUAGGAAGGAGUGUGCGGCCGGUGACUGCGCGGAGUCCGCCGGUGCAGCUGCAUGGAGGAACAGCAGCUACCUGCAAGACCUGAACACAUCCGCUUCGGAGUGCAUUGAUCCAUCUGUGGUUUUCCCGUACCCGAUAGCAGAAACGCCCAAGCAGAGCUCAGGGACGCAGCCUAGUAAGGAUUUGGGACUGGACACGCCACCAAACAGUGGCAGCAGUAGCAGCAGCUGUAGUGACUCAGAUGAGGAUGGAGAUGAUGAUGAUGAUGAUGAAGACGACGACGAUGAGGAGGAGGAGGAGGAGGAGGAGGACCAGGAGGAAGAGGAGGAGAUCGACGUGGUCACAGUGGAGAAGAGGCAGGCGGUAAAGCGUUGCGAUACCAGCCCAGCAGAGACCAGGCACCCCAGCCCACUCGUGCUGAAGAGGUGCCACGUCUCCACCCACCAGCACAAUUACGCCGCCCAUCCAUCCAUGAGGCACGAGCAGCCGGCUGUCAAGAGGCUGAAGCUGGAGACCACCACCACCACCACCAGCAGCAGCAGCAGCAGCAGUGGAGGUGGCGGUCAUAGCAGGGUCCUCAAACAGAUCAGCACCAACCGCAAGUGUUCAAGCCCACGGACGUCGGAUACGGAGGACUAUGACAAGAGAAGGACUCACAACGUUCUGGAGCGCCAGAGGAGGAAUGAGCUCAAGUUGAGCUUCUUCGCCCUGCGGGAUGAGAUCCCCGAAGUGGCCAACAACGAAAAGGCAGCCAAAGUGGUGAUCCUGAAGAAGGCUACAGAGUGCAUUUACAGCAUGCAGUCAGACGAACAGAGACUUCUCUCAGUCAAAGAACAGCUGAGGAGGAAAAGUGAACUUUUGAAGCAGAGACUCGCACAGCUGGAGAGCUCUCGUGCUUAAAGUUUGAAUCUUCAUAGACUUUUUGGCCUUUUGUUUUUUAUGCAAGUUCAAGACUUGGUGUACAGUUGUCGUUGCAUGCAAAUGCAAAAUGGAUUAAGUUGUUUGAAAUCUUGUUUGAUUUCAAUGUUAAAACUGCCUCAAUAGAA